AUGGAUUUCAAUGACCUGAAGAACACCGUCUCGAACCUGACCUUGUACGACCUCAAGGCCGGGUUCCGGAAGGCGCAAAAUGCCGUCAUGAACUACACCGAGAUGGAAGCAAAGGUCCGAGAGGCGACAAACAACGAGCCCUGGGGAGCGUCAUCCACCCUGAUGCAGGAGAUUGCCAAUGGCACCUUCAAUUACCAGCAACUCAAUGAGAUCAUGCCCAUGAUCUACCGUCGAUUCACCGAAAAGUCCGCCGAGGAGUGGCGCCAAAUCUACAAGGCCCUGCAGCUGCUCGAGUUCCUCAUCAAGCACGGGUCGGAGCGCGUCAUCGACGAUGCGCGUGGCCACAUUACGCUGCUGAAGAUGCUGCGCCAGUUUCACUUCAUCGACCAGAACGGAAAGGACCAGGGCAUCAACGUUCGAAAUCGCGCCAAGGAACUCGCGGAGCUCCUGGGCGACGUCGAGCGGAUCCGCGCAGAGCGCAAAAAGGCCCGAGUUACCAAGAACAAGUACACGGGCGUCGAGGGCGGCAUGACGUUUGGCGGCGGCUUCUCCAGCGGCAGUCGCUUUGGCGGCUUCGGCAACGAGUCCGGCUACGGUGGUGGCGGUGGUGGUUCCGCUGAAUACGGCGGCUAUUCCGGCGGCGUAUAUGGCGAUGGCGGCGGCUUCGGUGGCCAGGCAAACGACUUCCGCGACACCCAGAACCGCUCCGAGAGAUUCGAGGAGUACGACGAGUUUGACGAGGGCGACCGGCCCGCCGCCAGCUCUCGUCCUCCAAGGACUUCAACUCCCAAGAAAGCCACAGCGCCACCUCCCAAGCCAAAGGAGCCCGAGGUAGACCUAUUCUCAUUUGAUGAACCGGCCUCGUCUGCUCCCGCGCCGUCGAGCAGCUCCGGCUUGGGAGCUCUCGCCCCCACCAGCACUGCCAACGACGACGACGAUGAGUUUGACGACUUCCAAUCGGCCGCCCCGGCGCCGGCGCCGGCGGCGACGACAACGACCCAGCCCAUGUCGCCGACAUCAGCCUUCUCGCAGCCUCUGUCGCCCACCUCGCCCAACUACUCGAGCACCCAGUUCGCUGCGCCUAAGCCGCUGUCGGCUCCGCAGCAGGCCGGCAUCAACCAGAUGGUCAACCUCGCGUCCAUCUCACCAGCCAGCAGCGCCAACCCGACGCCUACCGCAAGCUCAGCCUUCAGCGUGCCAAUGCAGCCCGCCAAGCCCACGGGCUACCAGCCCACGGGCCCCAACUACUUUGGCACUGUCCAGGCCCAGCCGACGGGGUCCUCAGUCUCGUCCCAGACCACCAGCGCCAGUCUGCAGCCGGCGAGCAAGUCCAACGGCAAAGCUGCCGCUGCCGGCGGAGACGCUUUUGGUGCUCUCUGGGGCAAGGCCAGCGCCGGCAUCAAGAAGCCCAGCACUCCCACUGCCGGGCCAGCCCUGGGCCAAUUGGCCAAGGAGAAGAGCAGCGCUGGCAUCUGGGGAGCACCCGCACCCGCUCCGGCCGCUCCACAAGGCGGCUCUGCCUCUGGCGAUUUGCUUGGAUAA